AUGUCACCGAGCCUGGACGCUACAAAGGAACAGGGAGAAGUGACAGACCUAGUGGACAGUGGACGUGUGAAGAUCCAGACUCCGGAGCCAACCGAACUUCGUAUCAACAGACAUUCAAACGCGAAGAAAAACGAUCACUACUUCGUGAUCCAGGCGGUCUUCUGCGUUGCUAAAAGGAGUCAAGGUACAGUUUUGGCUUUCAACUUCUCGGUCAAGCUGACGUCCAGUGGCUAG